CUAUGAUAUUUCCACCAUUCCGUUUAAAAGCCAGAAGAUUUGACAGCAAUAAGGCUUUCAACACCGGAAUUUACACUGUUUUUCAGUUGAUUGACUUCCAGGACAAGGUCUCAUCGGCACCCGCCCAAAUACCAUGGCACUGCGUGCGCCCUUUGCCACCGGAACCUCCCCUUCCAAUGAGACUUUCUGAUUGUGUCUACCAACUCUCCUAUUAAAAAAAAAAAGCCGUGGGUUGCAUGCAGCUAUUCUGUUGUAUUCUGUUCUCACUCUGCCUCCCCUCUCUCACUCGCACUCUUGCUGGAGGCACAUCAAUGCCAUUCUGCUGAGAAGAAAAAUCCCACAACUACCUUAAGGGGUUAAGACAAUAUGCGCCACUCUCGCCUUUUAUAGCGAUCACUAUUUAAAUCUGGCAAGAGCCCGGCACCAGUCUUUGCAAGAAUGGAGUCGGUAAAACAAAGGAUUUUGACCCCAGGAAAAGAGGGGCUAAAGAAUUUUGCUGGAAAAUCCCUCGGCCAGAUCUACAGGGUGCUCGAGAAAAAGCAAGACGCCGGGGAGACCAUCGAGCUGACGGAGGAUGGGAAACCCUUGGAGGUGCCUGAGAAAAAGGCGCCACUGUGCGACUGCACGUGCUUCGGCCUGCCACGUCGCUACAUCAUCGCCAUCAUGAGCGGCCUAGGCUUCUGCAUCUCGUUCGGCAUUCGCUGCAACCUGGGCGUGGCCAUCGUGGAUAUGGUCAACAACAGUACCAUCCACCGCGGGGGCAAGGUCAUCAAGGAGAAAGCCAAAUUCAACUGGGACCCAGAAACCGUGGGGAUGAUCCACGGUUCCUUCUUUUGGGGCUACAUCAUCACCCAGAUUCCGGGCGGCUACAUCGCGUCUCGACUGGCAGCCAACAGGGUUUUUGGAGCUGCCAUACUUCUUACCUCUACCCUGAAUAUGCUAAUCCCAUCAGCAGCCAGAGUGCAUUAUGGGUGUGUCAUCUUUGUUAGGAUAUUGCAGGGACUUGUUGAGGGUGUCACCUACCCAGCCUGUCAUGGGAUAUGGAGCAAAUGGGCCCCUCCCCUAGAGAGGAGUAGAUUGGCAACCACCUCCUUUUGUGGUUCCUAUGCUGGAGCUGUGAUUGCAAUGCCUUUAGCUGGCAUUCUUGUACAGUAUACUGGCUGGUCUUCAGUAUUCUAUGUCUAUGGAAGCUUUGGGAUGAUCUGGUACAUGUUUUGGCUUUUGGUGUCUUAUGAGAGUCCUGCAAAGCAUCCUACUAUUACAGAUGAAGAACGUAGGUACAUAGAAGAAAGCAUUGGAGAGAGUGCAAAUCUUUUAGGUGCAAUGGAAAAAUUCAAGACUCCAUGGAGGAAAUUUUUUACAUCUAUGCCAGUCUAUGCAAUAAUUGUCGCAAACUUCUGCAGAAGCUGGACUUUUUAUUUAUUGCUUAUUAGUCAGCCAGCAUAUUUUGAGGAAGUCUUUGGAUUUGAAAUCAGCAAGGUUGGCAUGCUGUCUGCGGUGCCACACUUAGUGAUGACAAUUAUUGUGCCUAUUGGAGGGCAGAUUGCAGACUUUCUAAGAAGCAAGCAAAUUCUUUCAACUACUACAGUAAGAAAGAUCAUGAAUUGUGGUGGUUUUGGCAUGGAAGCAACACUGCUUCUGGUUGUCGGCUAUUCUCACACUAGAGGGGUAGCUAUCUCAUUCUUGGUACUUGCCGUGGGAUUCAGCGGAUUUGCUAUAUCUGGUUUCAAUGUUAACCACCUGGAUAUUGCUCCAAGAUAUGCCAGUAUCUUAAUGGGCAUUUCGAAUGGUGUUGGCACAUUGUCAGGAAUGGUGUGCCCUAUCAUUGUUGGUGCAAUGACAAAGAAUAAGUCGCGUGAGGAGUGGCAGUAUGUCUUCCUGAUCGCUGCCCUCGUCCAUUAUGGCGGAGUUAUAUUUUAUGCAAUAUUUGCCUCAGGAGAGAAGCAACCCUGGGCAGACCCUGAGGAAACAAGUGAAGAAAAAUGUGGAUUCAUCCAUGAAGAUGAACUUGAUGAAGAAACAGGAGACAUUACUCAAAAUUAUAUAAAUUACGGUACCACCAAGUCGUAUGGUGCCACCACACAGGCCAAUGGAGGUUGGCCCAAUGGCUGGGAAAAGAAAGAGGAAUUUGUACAAGAAGAAGGACAAGACUCAUACACCUAUAGCAACCGAGAUGAUUACUCAUAACAAAGCUAAUUGCUGGAUUUAUUUUUAGUGUUUGUGAUUAACUUAAUUGUGAUUGCACAAAAAUUUUAAAAAUAUGUGGUGUAAACAUGUAAACAUAUCAACCAGGCAAGUCUUGCUGUAAAAAUGAAAUCAAAACAAACUCAUGAAGUUACCAUCAAGUGCAAUCUGUAGAAGUUGUGAAAUUCUAUCAUUUCCAUUCAGGUCAUCUAUUCUUGCGUUUGCGAUUUAAAGGUUGACUGAUCAAAAACUGUAGAAGCAAGUAGUUACUCAUUGGAUUCAUAUGAGCUAAAAGUCAUCACCAUUUAAUAAAGCACAACUAAAACAGUUGGCACAUUGCAUCCUACAAAGGUUAGGAAGCCAAAGCUACUUGAUCAUGUAAAAUGCACUUAUAUAUUUGUUACACUGUAUUGCAAGAUCUCAUGCAGAAGUCCUGUUUUGACAAAAAUGUAAUAUUGUCAUGUUGCCUGCAUCAGAUAAUGGCAACGUUUAUUGAGUGUAAAUCAUGAAGUUGGGAUAUCUCAAUUCGAGAAGAAUAUUGUGGGCUAGCAACUAGCAAGGCAUACUAAAUAAUUAUUGUUAUUACAUAAUGUGGAAUAUUUUGUUGGUUAUCCAAAGGAAUGUGUUGCAAUGUUUUAUAUGAAAUGUUUGGGCACAAACAUAUAUCUGUGAAAGAGAACUUGUCAAGUGUGGGGUAUGCUUCAUGUUCUUCCAUUCAUUUACCUAACAGUAUAAAACACUUCACAUUUUAAUAAAUUUGACUUUUCAUGUAGCAUAUCACAUAACUUUUUUGCAAAAAAAUAUUAAAAAAGACUUCAAUGUAUUUUUAUUACAACUUUGUACAGGUUGUAACUUGGCAUUAGAAAAAAAAGAUGCACACACCAUAAAGAAUCUAAUAAGAAAUUUGCUAUGGAAAUAGAACCCUGAAAAUGCAAUAUUAACAACAAAAGGAAUAGAAAAUGGUUUAGAUAUUCUUCUUCCUUAAUAAUUAAAUACUAUAUAAAACUUGUGCCACAGAGGUAUAUAUAAU